AUGAAUGGAAAAGGAUUUCUUUCACCUUAUCGAGGUUAUAUAUAUUGGUUAAAGGAUUGGCGCGGCGAUAAUCCAUCGCCUAGAUGUAAAGAACAACUUUUCAACACGAGGCAUGCUAGAGCUCAUAAUGUAAUUGAAAGGGCAUUUGAUUUGUUGAAAGGACGUUGGAAAAUUCUUAGAAGUUCUUCAUGGUACUCGGUUAAGGUUCAUAACAAGAUCAUUAAUGCUUGUUGCUUGAUUCAUAAUUUCAUUCGUAGAGAGAUGGAAGUGGAUCCCUUAGACAUUGAUAUUGAAGAAGAAAUGGAGUAUCAACACGAGAAUAUUGAUGUUGUUGAAUCGUCGGAGGAGUGGACCACUUGGAGGGAUGAGUUGGCUCAAUCAAUGUGGAAUGCAAGAUUUAACAAUUGA